AUGUACAAACCGCAAAGCCGUGGAAUCGAGAAGGGAAGUAGCGAAGGAAUGGGCAUCGAGAGCAAAAUAGAAUUGGAUGUAGAGAGGAUAUUCACGGAUAACUGUGGUUCUCCAUCAAAAUCGAUAUUCAGAGCCGCGCACAGUGUCGACGGCUGCCCGCAGGACAGCGUGCCGAACGGGAACGGCGGCGGUUGCAAAUGUGCGGAUUGUCCACCCCACAGGUGCCGAUCGGGUCAGCAGGCAGCGCUGGUAAGGGGGUCAUUUUCCGGGACCCCCGGUAACUGCUGCCCGCGCUACAACUGCGUUCCCUCAGAUCACCAUCGUCGGACCGAGUCGUUCUGUCCUGAGGAUAGCGUCCUAACGGACGAUGGCAUCUGCAAGUGCGUCCCGACGUGUCCGCCACCCAAGUGCCGAUCUGGUCAACGGCCGGUCGAAGUGCGGCCGGCCAAGCCCGAGACACCCGGUAGCUGUUGUCCCCUUCAUGAUUGCAGACCCUCAGAUCCGAUUUCCUGGGCAAAAGCUGAAGAGAAACCACAGAACUGUAUUCACGAAGGUGUCUCGAGGAAACUCGGUGAAGAGUGGAAACAGAACGACUGUAUCACUUGCAUCUGCAACGAGGACGGAAUCGCGUCUUGCCAAACGACUAUGUGCAAGUCCUGCGAGAACGCGAUACCACCUGAUCCGGGCGAAUGUUGCCCUCACUGCCCGUCGCCGACGAACAGCACCUUUGAUCCUGACGAGUCUUGCAAGUCCCUGGAUGACUGCAAGAUGAAAUGUUAUCAUGGUUUCCGUACGGAUAAGGAUAACUGUCCGAUUUGCGAGUGCGCUGAUGAUUUGGAGGUCGACCUUGUACCGGACGUGCUACCGGAAGAUUACAAAGUUUGCCCGGAACUGCCGCACUGCGGGCUGAACUGCGAUCUCGUCAAAGAUGAGGACGGCUGUCCUGUGUGUGCCUGUCAGACGUCAUCGCGUUAUCCUUCGCUAAAUGUCACCACCCCGGACACCGCGAGCGAUAAAAAUAUCUGUCCUGAGGUCAAGUGCGACCUUCACUGUGAACUUGUUAUGGAUGAGAACGACUGCACCUUCUGCGAGUGCAAGCCACCCACCGCCGGCUGUCCGCCGCUCCUCGGAUGCAGGAAGAGGUGCAGCUUCGGUUACAAGACGAAUAAACGCGGUUGCCCCAUAUGCCGCUGUCGAGCUUCGUGCAUGGACCAUUUGAACGAGACGCAUCCGGAGGGAUCGACUUGGCACCCGAACAGCUGCAACACAUGCACUUGUGAGCCUGGUGGACGACUUAAUUGCAAAGAAACCAUCUGUUCAGUGGCCUGCACUAAUCCAUUGCCACCAAAACCUGGCACUUGUUGCCCCAUGUGCCCGAUUACACCGAUUAAGGAAAACGACAUGAUUAAUCAAAUUACUAGCCGUGGCUGGGGCACAGUGCCGAUUACGUUAAUCGUUGUACUUGCGCUGCUGUGUCUGCUACUGAUAAUCCACAUUGUGCGCAGCCGAUUCCGUGGCCGUUUAUCACCCUCGGAAGCAUCGUAUGCGUCGUACCCCCCGCAAUAUUACAAGUGUGUGCCCGUGUACGACACCCCGGUGCAUCGAAACGAAAAGAUUGUACCUUUGUAAAAGACUGUUAUUGAUUCCCAAAGAGAGCGUGUGUUUGUCGUUGAGCAAUAUGCAAAAGUAAAUUUUCGAUUCCCUACCUGUUUUAUACACGAUCGCCGACAAAAUUCCAUGAACCUUACGUGACGAUUGCGAUUACGCGACGUCGGUUACUAACUCUUAAACGAAUCUUUUAUUUGUAAAUUCAGCUUAUUAGUUAUUUAGA